CACAUGUACACGCUUCACCCUAAAAGGUGGUUCGCUUUUUCGAUACGGCUAUCAUAUGUACGUAUGCUGUACGAUGAGGCUUUGUCCCUCGUCUCUAAAGGCCAACCAUCGGACGCAAGGGUCACACAGUCCCUCGGCUCACUCAUCCGGGCAACUCCGACCUUAUAAAGGGAUAACCCACAAAACCCUCAUUGGUUUAGUUCUAUGCCUAGGUACCAUGGGUUUUCCAGCUUGACUGACCUAGCACAUCAAGCCAAGUCUAAGUAUCAACAAAUAGCAUUUGUCUAGUAUGGUCCACAAAGGACUACGCUCCCAGUGUGUUUAUGUUCUAUUAUUUCAGAUAUUGAUUACCUUAAUGGCCAUAGAAACCCAAUAGAUCUAUACUUAGCUUUUGCACUUGAUCUUGCUACUACAAGUCACAUGGUUCCCUCCAACAAAAGUACAAUACCAUGAUGUUGAUCUUUGAUCUAUGAUAGAACCAGCCUGGUCUGCAUUUGUAUAGGCUUCAACUCGUAAAUUCCCCUGAUUAGCAAACAUCAAACCUCUUUCGAGUGAUGAUUUUAGGUACUUGAGUCCUUGAGUAGCAGCCUCAAGGUGGAUAGUUUGUGGGGAAUGCAUAAACUGACUAAUCACACUAACAAUGUAUGCAAUGUCUGGACAUGUAAGCGAAAGUAUAUUAAUCGACCCACUAAUCUUUGAAACAUAGCCAUAUCCUUGAGAGCUUCUCCCCUUUUGUCAUCAAGCUUGUGAUUUUGUUCUAUGGGUGUGUUUGCUGGUUUCACCCCAAGCUUUCCAGUUUCCCUAACUAGAUCCAAGAUAUACUUCCUUUGAGAGAUGAAAAUUCCUCUUUUUGACCUGGCUACUUUUAUUCAAAGGAAAAAUUUCAGUGGGCUUAGGUCUUUGAUUCCAAAUUCUCUCACUAAAAAAACCUUAGGGCAAUUACCAGUUGCAACAAUAUCAUCCACAAAAGAAACAAAAAAUCGAUAACAAAAAAUAGAAACCACAGGAGAUGGACCCCACACAUCAGAAUGAACAAUAGCAAAAGGAACAAUUUUUUUAUUAUUAUUGGGUAAAAAAGAGUUUCUACCAUGUUUUGAAAGUUCACAAACUUUACAUUGAAGCUCUGAGCAAGUAAACAACUUGGGAAAAAAAAAAGCAGUGACUGAAAAGACAAAUGACCAAGUCGGAGAUGCCACUGCCAAAUCCGAUCUUUAUUAACAGUACUACAGGAUUGAAGAGCUUGUGGAGUAGUAAUAGGUUGGUCAAGAAUGUAUAGACCACCAGCUUCAUGACCAUCGUCAAUCAUCUUCCUCAUAUCCAAGUCCUAAAAAAUAAUGGGAACGAAAGAAGGUUACACUACAAUUUAGACUCUUGGUAAUCGAAGUAACAAACAUUAGGUUUGUAUUAAAGCUAGGAACAUGAACAACUAAUGCUAGAGACAAUUGAGGUGAAAUAUGAACAAUGGGCAAGAAAGAAACAUCGGCAGUUUUAACUUUGUCUCUACCAGAACAAAGAGAAUAAGAGAAAAACAAACGAGACAUACCAAUCAUAUGAUCUGAAACGCCAGAAUCAAUAAUUCAGGACUGUCCAGAAGGAUAAAGAGAAAGACAUGGUUAGUAGAAGCAUGAAUACCUGAGUGGGCAAAUAAUGAUGUAGAGGUAGAGGUAGAGGUAGUGGAUGGGCAAUCUAAUUGUACAAACAACCGAAGAAUACUCUCAAUUUCCUCCUUUGGGACUGAUAUCAUCUCGCUUUGGACAGAGUGAGGUUGUGAAUGCAUUGGGUUGUACCUGAUCUGUAUUAAUAAUUGCUGAACCACCAGUGGAUGAGGCAUUACCUGCAUUGAAUUUUGCAGGUCGACCAACUAAAUUCCAACAAUUCUUCUUAAUGUGACCAAUACGACCAAAAUGAUCACACAUUAACUUACUUUUGUCCCCUUAAUUGGGACCCCUUUUUCCAAAUUUUCAUGAUUCACUCUCCUUGUUUUUAGGAGGCAGUGAGGCAGGGACAAGAGCUAAACGAUCUAGUGGUUGUGUGGGCAACAUGAAACUCUUUCUACUUUCUUCACUCUGGAUAAAGGAGUAUACUUGAUUGAGAGAUGGAAGAGUAUCCCGUCUAAGACUUUGAACCCUAACUAACUCAAAACUCGGGUUCAAUCAGGUCAAAAAAUAAAAAAUACGACCAUGGAUUACAGUUAGAUUCCACAAACUGUUAUAUUUAUCUCUAAGGUUGCCUUGUCACCCUUAUUAUAGUAAUCUAGAGACCACUCCCCAUGUCGACGAAGGGACAUCUCCUAUUUCAAUUGGUAGACCAGAGACACAUUCUUGCUUUGGGAGUAUGCUUGGUGUACUGAGUCUCAGAUUUCUUUUGCAGUUUGAAGAAAACGAAAACCCCUACUAGUUGGGGUUGGACCAGCGUACAUUGAAAUUGUGCCAGUCUGACACAAAAUAUGUCAAACUGGCUUGUAUAUUGAAGUUGUGCCAGACUGGCUGAGAGAGAUAGUGGAAAUGUGGGUUAAAAUGAAGGUAUUUUAGUCCAAAAAGUUUUACCUUUUUUGCUUGGGGGAUGAGUGUAAAAAAAUAGUAUUGGGGUUAAUAGUGUGAUAUCUAAAGUUUUUUUUUUUUUUUUGAGGUAUUUUUGGACGGGGGGCUGAAGGGAGCUUAGAAAGUCUAAUUUAUGGUGUAUCUUUAAUUUUCUCUAUUUAUAAAUAUUGAGAUAAAUAUAUUAGACCUUUUUUAAAAUGACAUUACUUUAAAUUAUUGAAACCCUUAACCAUAAUAAAUUAGAUUCAUUCUCCAUCUUGCUUACAGUCUUACAAGCCAUCUAUAAUAAGGGUGACAAGGCAACCUUAGAGAUAGCCCAUUGACCUAGCUAUUUAUGUUUGCAAAUUUAUCAAAGUUGAUGUAAAAAUGGAAACCAGAGCCACUGCAAGGGGCAUUUCUCUGUUACUCAUGACUAUCUCCACUGCUUCACUUCUCUGGCCGGCCUUUGCCGGAAAAAUUAAGGGAUUCAAGGUAGACAUCAUCCACCGUGACUCUCCACAAUCCAAAUGUCACUGAGGGUUAUAGAAUGAGGCAAGCUGGGCGUCGAUUUGUCUCCUACCUCCAGUACCUUACGUCUGUCCUUGAUGAAAAGAGGGGAGCGAAGGCACCAGCCUCAGGGUACUACAAUGAGUACCUCAUGCCGGUCGCAAUAGGGAGCCCACUGAGGAUUUUCCCUCUGUUGAUCGACACUGGAAGCAAUCUCAUUUGGAGCAUGUGCCAACCCUGCGGAUCAUGUGAGUCUGGCAACCCUAUUUUUGAUCCCAAAGCAUCUUCUUCUUACAAGAAGAUCAGUUGCAGUGACAGUAUGUGCAAGAUGAUUACUACCAAUUGUACAAAUGAUUGCACCUACAGGGAGAGUUAUAGGGAUGGCUCAUAUACCAAUGGCAUACUUUCAUCUGAUAUGUUCACCUUUCACUGGAAUGAAACCUCCAUAAAACCUUUAACGACUUCAAAGACGAACAGCUCAAGCACCAUUAGUGCUUUUGAUGACAUGGUUAAGAUUAGUGUUACUACUUAUUCUAUUGUGGAAUUGGGAAUUGGUGGAAUUUUGUUCGGUUGCGGCACUGAGAAUAAGGACCCCUACACUAAAUCUGGGGUGUUUGGGGGUGGAACUCUCUCUUUUAUUUCCCAAUUGGCUCCGUUCAUGCCAAAGAAAUUUAGCUACUGCUUUCCGCCACAGCCUGAAGGCCAAGGUGUAAUGUUAUUGGGGGAAUAUGCUGAGAUCAACAGCCCUAAGGUCCAGUCGACGCCAAUCUAUAGGAGGCCGUUUGCUGAUACAUUCCAUUUCUUGUUCCCAGUAGAGAUUUAUGUGGGUCCUGAUCCAGUACAUGGCCCCAUAAGCUUCUUUGAUUCAACCAUAAAUGGAUCAAAGACUUUUGUCAUUGACUUUGGCUCUAUUAUCACUUGUUUGAACCGAGAAGUGUACGAUCCAUUAAUCAAGCUUUUGAGGGAUAAUGGCAAAAAGCAGUGGGUUCCCGACCCCCUCCUUGAAUAUGAUCUUUGCUACAAGAAUGGAAGUUCAGGAGAAAUUCCAUCAGUCUCAUUCAUCUUUCAUGGCGGUGCAACGUGGGAGGUCAGUCCAGAUGGUCUUUUUGGGCGUAUGGGUGGUGGAUUGAUGUGCUUAAUCAUAAAGCUUAGUGACUCCAUUUCCACCUUUGGCAAACUAAUGUAGAGACCUAUGGAAUUCGAAUAUGACCUUGUGGCCCAAACACUGUUUUUUGCUCCGGCUACUUGCAGUAAUCCGUUGUAAUGCAGGAAAUAAAAGUGCUUUACAUAAUAAGAUGAUGCGGUUUUUAUGAUUGACAUUGAGAUGUACUCCAGUU